CCAAAUUUGGGAAACAUUACAUAGUCGAGGGCUUCAGUCCAAUUUAAACCACAAGAGAAUAGCGAUCACCGACACGGAAACAGUCAUAGAACGCUUAAAAAAUGCCGGAAACCAGAAGGUCAACUAAACCCAAGGCAAAACAAGAUAGGCUAGAUUCCCUGCUGCACAUGAUAUUUAGGGCUGAAACCCCUUUCGGUGUACUGGAAGAUGGCGGACUGGCAGAGAAGGCCCUGCAAGACAACAACAUCAGGCGUAUCGCCUUCGAUUUCCAGGACCUUGACGUUGAAUCCGUCAGAUCCAGCCUUGAACCACCUGUUCUCUUCCGUCCCGUGUAUUCCUCCGUGGUCGAGGCACAUACUGUUAUCCCAAGGUUUGCAGACCCCGAAGAAGAAAAGGAACGCACCGGGUUUCGAGAUUACGAUCCUCCCUCAGACCCAGUCAGAAUGGAAGAAGAGCGUUAUUGGAUUUGGGGGCCCGAGAAAUGCGCAAGAAGGGUUACUACGUAUUUGAAACGAUGGGCCUUUCAUUUCUCAAGACAUAAUUACAAUUGGACAUGGCUUCUCGAUUCCCAGUUGCGGAAAAUUUACAUUCCCAAUCCAUUUUUCGGAAUAUAUGUACAAGGCGCGAAGCACGGAUCAGAAUGGACGAAUGAAUGGCUCCACGAAUAUGAGAAACCAGAUGGCAAAGGCGUCUAUCCGCAUGUUGUUGCCAUAGAACUACACUCUCGCAACGGCAACAACGACAGCAUCCUUCUGGGCGAGCUAUCAACGAUAAUCCAGGCGAUAUACAAUCGCGUCAACCAAGUCAAGGUCAACGAGAAAGGAGAAGAGAUAUGGCCUCGACAAUAUGAGUUUGAGAAUGAGAAACGAUUUCCUGUGUUGACGAUUUCUCUUUUUGGGCCUCAGCAUGGACGCAUUCUCUAUGCUUGUUUGGAUGGUGAAGCUUUGGUUAUUAGACAAUCGCCUAUCUAUAGCUUUGAGAAAAGAGACACGGCGCCGUGGGAUUUCUUCAUGCGUAUGCUGCUCAGCUUUCCGGUGGAAGAAUGACGGCCUGGAAACGAGACCAGGUCACUAGCUUGUCUGGUGUCGUUUCAUGCUGCUACUUGGUUGUGAUGGUGGAAUAUAUGUGUAUCAACAGCGCGGAAUUGCGCCGCACUACUCCAUGCUCUAUAGAAACAUUCCAGCCUACACCAAAUAUUC